UUUGAUGAUAUUGAUGAUGAUGAUGAUGCUAUUGACAAUAUUAAUGAUGAUGAUGAAGAUGAUGAAAUGAUUAUCAAUAAUUAUCCUGAAAUGAUGAUGGAUGAUGAUGAAGAUGAAGAAGAUGAAACUAAAACAUCUUUGAUGAUUCUUCAUUCAAACGACGACGAUGAAGACGAAGACGAUAUUGAUGAUGAUGAUGAUGAUGAUAAAGAAACAAUGGAUAUGAUGGUUGAUGAUUCAAUUGCUGAAAGUGAAAGUGGUUGUGAUGAUGAUCAAUCAUCAUCAAUAAUGAAUAAUGAUGAUCCAUUAUCGACAAUAACAACAACAAAUGCAACAAAUAUAACAACACAAUCAUCAUCUUCAGUAUCAUCAUUAGCAUCACAACAACCAAUGUUUAAUAUUGUAUCGACAUCAUCUCGAACAACAUCAUCAUCACGAACAUCAUCAUCUCGAACAGCAACAAACAAUUCACAAAUUUCAUCCAUACCACAAGUUAUUACACAUGUUGGUCGUAAACCAUUAAAUGGUCCACCAUGUAGUUUAAAAACAUUAGUUGAUGAUGGUAUUUUAGAACCAAUGGAUGGAUCAUUAACAUAUGAAAUUUUGGGUGCAAAAUUUUUCGGUGAUCUAUUAGCAAAUGGUUUUAUUCGUAUGUCCGGUACAAAUCAAGUAUUUGCUAAUCCAAGUUCAUGGGCAAAUUAUUGUCGUUCAACAAUACCAUCAACAAGUAAAGAUCAUAAAAAUUAUGGUAGUGCAUGGUCAAUAAUUAGAUAUCUUGGUAAACGUCUUGAUUCAUAUAAAUUACGUUGGUAUCGUAAACAGAAAAAACAAUUUACAUUAGGUGGUACAAUAAUAAAUGGACAAAAUUGUUCAGUUAAUACACCUACAGUUAUCGGUAGCGGUAAUAAUACUCCGGUAAAUCAUCAUCAUAAUAAUAACAGUAUUCCGAUUUCAAUCAAUAUUGAUCAAAAUAAUACACCAACCGGUAAAAUAAUCAAUAAUAAUAAUAAUAAUAAUAAUGGAAUAACAACAACUGCAGCAGCAACAACAACAGCAACAGGAAUUUUAACACCAAUCGGUAAUACAUCAUUAUCAACAACAACUGCAACAACAACAAUUGAUGGAACAAUUACAUCACCAUCAACAUUAAUAUCAUCAUUUUCAAAUAAUAGUAAUAAAUUUUCACAUAUAAAUAGUAAUGGAAAUUUUACUCCUAUUACCCAACAACAACAACAACAACAUUCAUCAUUUUUACCGAAUCAUUUUUCAACACCAAUACAACAUCAUCAACAAUAUCAACAAUCACGUAGUAAUGUUGAAUAUAAAAAUAUUUAUUCAAUGAUUAAUCGAGAUCGACUUUAUAAAUUGGAUAAAAUAAGUGCUGGUGAUCCGGAAAUAUCUAUUUUGGAAAAUAAUCCAAAUGAAAAUAUUAUCAAUUUUAAUUCAAUCGAUUUAAAUAACAAAGAUUUUAAUCUUGAUGAUCGUACAAAAAUUGCCUGUGUACCAUUUAAUUCAGUAUUUUGUUUACAACCAUUUUUAGUUACUAUUUCAACAAAUGUAUUAUUAUUGAUUGAUUUUCAUUCACAUUUAAUUUCAACUGAAGUUAAUGGUUAUUUAGCUGGAUUAUGGGAUCCACGUACACAACAUUUAACAAUUACACAGGCAUUUCCAUUACGAUGUAAAUCAUCAAAAGAAUUUGAUUCAUGUACAUUGAAAAUUAAACAAAAUCUUGUACAAAAAGGUUUAAUAUUGGUUGGUUGGUAUCAUAGUCAUCCACGUACUGCACCACAUCCAUCUAUUGCCGAUAUAAAACGACAGCUAAAAUAUCAGAAACAAAUGUUAGCAACAAAAAAAGAUGUACGUGAUUAUUCACCAUGUGUUGGUCUAAUUUGUUCACCAUUUUAUUCAAAUAAUAAUAAUAAUAAUAAUAAUGAUGAUAUAAAAUUAACAACAUUAUUUCAAAUGUUUUGGGUAAUGCCAAUAUUUACAAUGGGUAAUCGUAAUAUUGGUCGACCAAUGCAAAUUUCAUAUCAAAUUGCACGUGAUGCAUUCCUUACACAAGAUUUACUUGUUGAAAUGCGUGUUUUAGCGGCACAUUUUGCUGUACAUCAAAAAUUUAUCAAAUUUAAUGAUACAUACAAUGGUGAAUCAACAAGCUAUUGGAAUAAAUUACAAGAAUCAUUAAAAACAAAAUUACCAAGAGAUUUAGUUGAACAACAAUCACAAGCUGUUCAAAAUGAUAUACAACAACAAGCUUUGAUGCAUUUUUGGUCAUUUCUUAAAAAUUUAUUACUUAUAUCAACAUGAUCCGAUUUCAUUUUCAUUUUUAUUUUAUUCGGGUGGUGAACUGAAACAAAACAAUCUAACCAAUUUCAUUAAGAUUCUAAUUUUAUAAUCAUCAUCAUCAUUAUCAUCAGCCAAACAAAAAAAACCAUCAAUCAAUUUCAUUUUAUAAUUUGAUAUUCGAAGAGAAUUAUUGUAAUCUUUUUCUUUUCCAUAAAAUUUUCCAUGUUUCUCAUCAUCAAUUUU